AUGACGCACAGAGGAAUCGAGGCGAAUCCGGAGGAAAUCAGAGCCAUCAGAGAGAUGUCACCCCCAAUAACGAAGAAGGAGGUCCAGAAUCUAACAGGACUAUUAGCAGCUUUAAAUCGUUUCAUUUCACACUCUUCGGAUCGAUUCAAACCAUUCUUUGAUGUGUUGAAAAAUGCAGCGAAUUUUGUUUGGACGAAUGAGUGCGAAAAAGCUUUCGAUGAGAUCAAACAGUAUUUGUCAACUCCUCCAGUUUUGGUGAGUCCAAAAACUGGACAACCUAUCGGAGUUUAUUUGGCUGCAGCGGAGUACGCGGUAAGUGCAGUGUUGUUUGUUACGGAUCCACAUGAAAAGCCUGUUUACUUCGUCAGUAAAUUUCUGACGAGGGCGGAAACACGAAACAAGAAAAUUGAGAAGAUAACACUUGCACUUUUCCAUGCAUCUCGUCGUCUCAAGCCUUAUUUCCAAGGCAGAACUGCAGAGAAGGGACAUGCCCUGGCCGCACUGCUAGCAUAUUUUCCUGUGGACGACAUAGAAACGGUUGCCGGAGAAGAAGAGGAAUUGUUCAAACCCAUAGAGUCAGCCACUAAUCAGACCGGGGGCGAGUCCGCAAUGGAGGUUGAUACACCUGAACCAUUAUGGACUGUAUUUACUGAUGGGUCAUCAAAUGUUGGUGGAUAUGGAGUUGUAUAUGUCAUCCUUACUCCCGAAGGAUCGAGGAUCGAGAAAGCAACCAUAUUGGGUUUUCAAGCAUCAAACAAUGAAGCUGAAUAUGAAGCAGCAAUUAUCGGUUUAAAGGCUGUCAAACAGUUAGAUGCGAAGAACGUGAAGCUGUUAUCUAGCAUCUCUGAUAGCCACCUUGUUCUGGCUCUCGAACACGCUAGUGGGGGCGAGAGGCCAACUACAUCAGCACAGGGAGAUAUUGAAAACAUUGACAUCAAUAUGGAUAUUGACAGUCCAAUGAUUGAUGAUUCAGGCAAUCUUGCUGAAAACGUUUCAGACUGGCGUCAACCUUAUAUCAGGUAUUUGACAACUAGUGAACUCCCAGAAGAUGAGAAACUUGAUUCAAAGGUGAAAAAGAAUGCUUGGAGAUAUUCAAUGAUCGAGGGGAAGCUAUACCGAAAACCUGUAGCUUUGGAGCCAUUUUUGCGGUGCAUAUCAGCCGAAGAAGGGCAACAGAUAUUGGCGGAGGCUCAUGAAGAAAUAUGUGGCAACCAUUCUGGAGGGCGCAGUCUCUCGCACAGGAUACUUACCCAGGGAUACUUCUGGCCAUACAUGCAGAAAGAUGCUAAAGAAUACGCGCAGAAAUGCAUAAAGGUGAUUUCCAGUAGUGACCACUCUUCUAGCUCUUCUGAGGAAGAUUCCAAGACUUCCAAGCCAAAAAUGAAGAUUUCUGUAGCGGAGGCACGUGCCAAAACGGAUCGGUCACUGAAGGAUGCUAAUAAUAUAAUAAACAGUAUGUCUCUCGAUCAUAUGAGAACUGUCCAUGAUGGAUUUUUAAAGAGAGAAGCCGAAGACGAAAAGCUGGCAACUUAUCGGCAAAAACGACGUCGACUUCAGCAGACAAGGCUAGCAGCUGAGGAUGAAAUUCGGUCUCACGCUCAUGGUGUGGCGUCAAAUUCAGAUGCGGAAGAAGUUGAAUUUGUCUGGUAA